AUGGAACCUCCUCCGCUUCGAGGCCCGAUUCGCAAGAAGAGAAGCACCCGCACAAGCAACCUCACAAUCUCUCUCGCACCCGAACUCGCUCCUCCAACUUCUCGAAGCAUCACUUCGCCCGUGAGACGCUCUCCCGCAAGGCCCUCUCCCUCACGGCAAUCAGCGCCCUCGUCUCUCGUUUCUCCAGUUCGCAGUACCACCAUCACUCAGCAACGCAACUAUUCCGGCCCGUCGCCCGACUUUCUGGCUCCUCCGCUCAGCGCGUCGCUUGUUUCUGCUGAUUAUGGAUCUAUUCGUUCGGAACCGCCUGAGGAGAGGGCUGAUUCGACGGAGACGGUUCGAGGGCCAUUGACUCUGGAUAGAGGAGGGACACCGCCCCUGACGCCUUUUCCACGCUGGGUGAGCGACGACGAAGGUGAUAGCUGUGAUGUUCGUGGAUGGGAAGAAUCAGUUCAGCAAUCCACAUCACGAAUGGACAAUAAGCAGCAUGGCUAUGAUGGUCGCCAUAUUCCCGUCACUAUAGUUCGACUUGAAGGGAGAUGGAUCAUCAGCUCUGCUAUUCACGGAUUCGUUCUUGUGAUGCAGUUUGCUGUGUCUCUUGGUGUUUUCAGUGCUCUUAUGUGGGUUACUGUGUGGAAGGAGGAUGAGCCCGGGAAUGACUUUACUGAAUGGCUAUGGACCUUUGUCGAUCCCAUUCUCGUCACACUCUUGCUCCUGUGUUCCGUCACUCUCCUCGCCCACGAGGUGAAGCUUCUCUCAUCCGUUGCCCUCUUAUAUCUUCAAUCCCUCAUUCUCGCCGUUACGACCGCCGCAAGCGUCGUCCUUUGGGCGCGCUGCUUUCAAGAGAAAAGCCCCGAGGUCAAGGGCGUCUUGAUGGGAUGCAACGUGAUGCUUUGGGGUCUUGCGCUGUUUGGUUUCAUCAGAGCUGCUGUGGUGUGGAAGGCUGAGUUGAGCGAGGACGGGGGUAUGGAUGUUGAGAGGGGUAUGGCGUAUGGGACGUUUGUGUCGUGGGGUGUUGGUGAUGAGCGAAGGGGUUCUCUUUGA